UUAACGUGUCAACAGAACGGUGUCUGGCAUGAGCGCGUUUACGUUUUAAGUGGAAUUAAUUGGAGAGAAAAAAUGAAAGUGUAGAAGAAAAAACAAAAAUAAAACAGUGAAGAGAUUAUUGUUGUGAGAAUCACAAAAAGGAAAAAUAAAUAUUUUCAAAAAAAUACUUGCUUUGAAAUUUAAAUCAGAUAUUUUCAAAAUAACAGAAAUAAAUAAAAUUUUGCCAAUUCUGUUUUGCCAUAUCUUUCUGCGAAAAAAGUGAAAUUCCCUGCAAACGAAAGGCCAAAGAGCAAAGAAGCACAAAAAAAGGAAAACAAGUGGCUUGAAAAUCAAUAAAAGUGAAAGUGAAAAGCUGGAAAAACCACAAAAGAAAAGAAAAAUCCCUGAAUGGAAAAGUGGCAGAAUUUCCUCAAAGCUGAAAGUGAAAACAAAAACCUCUAUGAAAAUCAAAUGGAAAUGUCAAAGUCUAAACAAGGAACAACCAAAAAAAAGUAAAUAUUCAGAUUGUUAAAAUGACCGAAAAAUGAAAACGUGCAGAAUUUCGGUCAUAUGGUUCAAUUAUUAAAUAAAUUAUUUGUGUGUCCUUUGUAAAUUAAAAGACAGUUAAUUCCCAUUAAACUGGCUAAAAUAAACAAAAGUCAUAAAUAAAUCGGCGAAUAAAGCACAACGCACACACACAUACAAAUAUACAUAAACAAGUUAACAAUUUAUUCGUUUAAUAAUUAUCGUCGGCUGAAUGUUAUUGUUCGUCCGUUUCUCUCUCGCGUUUUUUGCAACAAACAAAAUAAAUUACCUUGGUCAUGUAACAACUAAUGAAAGAAACGAAACGAAAAGAGCAACACUCUGAAUGCGUUACAACGUUAAUUAAAAACAAUUAAUAAAACAACAACAACAACAAACACCAAAAUACUGCCUACCGCCAACCCGCCCCGUGGACGACGACAACAACAUUUCAACACAUCUGCCAUGCUAACGAGCAACAAUUUAUUAAAUACUUGUAAUUAGAGAGAAAGAAAGAAAAAAAAAAAACGAAAGCAACAUAAAAAAAGAAAUAAUAACAAAACAAAAAAUCCUCCACAAAAAAAGAGUAAACAUAAUUGUGUAUUAAUGUGCGAAAAUAUACAAAAGUGAUUAAAAAAGUAAUGUUUGCAUAAUUAAAAAAUACGAAACAAAUUAUGAGCAUUGUUGGCGUCUAAUCAAGUGAAACAAUUGAAUUUUAAAGCAGUAAAUCGAAAAGGACACCAGAUUGUCUGUCUGCAGUUCUAAAAAAGAUUUAUUGCCGUGAACUCUUAAUACAGCACGGAUGAAAAUGACGAUAAAAUGGCGUCAGAAGUAUAAAAAUCGAAAAAACAUGCAACUGCCACUAACGCCACCACCAACAUUGCCACAACUACCAGAAACACAACAACAGCAGCAGCAGCAGUACUAUGAGGAACAAUUCCACCACCUCCAACCGGAUACUAUACGGGGGAAAUUGACACUGACAUCAACAACAACGUCAUCAUCAUCAUCAUUGCACCAUGAAAACAACAACAACAACUCCAUUCCAGUAACAACAAUCAAAGCUUUAAGCCACAAUCUUCAGCCAGGCCAGCACGUCAACAAUAGCAGCAAUUUUAGAUGCUCUGCCAGGGCAUGCAAUAAUACCACGAUGUUGUCUGAAACGAAUAGUCGAGCGGGUAAUGCCAACGACAAACAACAGCAACAACAACAAAAACGACGACACGUACGCCAGCACAUUGACAAAUAUACGAGCGACGACAUCGAGCAUUCGAACACAUGUGCCGUUCAAAGUUCAGUGCCACAGGAUGCGUUGGAGCAACGGAGAGAACAGCUGCAACCGAACUUUGCAUCAAGACAAUGUAGAGCCACGAAAACGCUUAAUGGAGAAUGGGAAGUGGCCAUAAAAUGGCGCCACUUAACAAACAUGCAACAGCAACAACAACGGCAGCAACACAUCGCUUGCUGUGACAAAGGCCCCAACAAACACACAGCCAACGAGCAAAUCUGGCAACAAUGUGGGCAAACCAAUGGACCAACAAAUAAAACAGCAACAUUAAUGCCAACAACAACAGCAACAACUGCAACAAUUACAACGAUUAUUGACACGAUAUUAACUCACUUGGAUGCUGCCAUCAAUCUAACAACAUUUGCCAGGGGAGAGGCCAUGGCAACGCCCCGCAACUCCAGAAGGGCAUCCCACAAAAGUCAUCAACUGCCAACAGCAAUUGUUCUCGCUUUAAUAUGUUUAUUAACAUCUGCCAUAGCAGCAUCAGCCGCAGCUUCAACCACAAUUUCCUCUAAUGCCACAUCAUCAACAUCAUCGUCUUCAUCCACAGCAUCAACCAUUCCAGUGAUGUCAUCUUCUGUGAGCAAUAUUAGCAAUACCUCCUCCUCAACCACGGCAGAAGAACCCAUAAUGGCUGCAGUUUUAUCUGGCGGCUCCUCUUCAUCGUCAUCGUCUUUAACAUCCGGUUCCUCACUGGCCCACGAUUCCCAGCAAUCGGCCAAGUCUUUGCCAAUGCUUGCCUCCACCAUCCCCCAGUGUACCCUCUCCGAAUUUAGCUGUUCGAAUGGUCGAUGUGUUCCUCUCAGCAAGUAUUGCAACAAUGCCAACGACUGCGGCGAUGGCAGUGAUGAGCCGCGAUUUUGUUCACGUUGCAAUCGGACCUACUACGGUGAUACUGGGCAAACUUAUUCCCUGGAAUUGCAUCGACCCAAACAGGAUCGUCUGCCGUACAUUUGCCAGCUGACGUUCACAGCAGCUGGUGGCCAACAUGGUGAUGUUGUACAGGUUACUUUGGAUAGCUUUACAAUUGGACGCUUCACUUCAUACACCCAGGAUGGCUGCCCGGAUGGCUAUAUGCAAAUAGCCGAAUCUGCCCGCACACCCAUCGGUGGCAUGUGGUGCGGCACCUCGUGGGGACCAGUUCUAUUCUAUAGUGAAUCUCGUUCGUUGAUUUUCACAAUCAAACUAAAUAAAUUAGCACGUGAUCAAAGUGGUUAUAAUUUCGACUUUCGUAUACGUUACAAAAUGCUAUCCCGUGACAGUUCCGUUACACGUUAUGGUGGAAUAAAAGUUGAAGACCUCCAGCAAUGGCACAAUCGCAGCAGCUUCCUGCAACAACAACAGCAGAACAGUGUCGAGGACUUUACCAAUUCAAGUGGCGCCCAUUCGGAUCGUUAUGGUCAGGAUUUCAGUUUGUUCAGCGCUUAUGCAAAUAAUAAAACAUUUAUGAAUUCGCUGAGUAAUCAAAUGGUGAGAGACGAGCAGAAUUACACCGAACCCAAAUAUUAUUUAGGUGAUUUAAUACCCGGCACUUACUGUUCGCGCAUCUUCAGCGAUUGCGACAAAAAGGCUUGUCGCCUGCAAUCGCCCAACUAUCCCGGCAUUUAUCCACGAAAUUUAACGUGUUAUUUUGCAGUACGACAGCACGAUGUACCCCAUGGCAAACAUGCGCUGAUCCUAGUUAAACAACCAAAAGGCAAUUUAGUUUGGAUCUCAACACAGGAUACCAGCAGUACAACCAAAAUUUCACCCAGUACAAAUGAGAAGGAUAAGAAAUUUGAGCCACGACUAAAGACAUGGUCGGAUUGUGACAAAAUACAGGACUACGUGACCAUAUAUGAUGGCUAUACUACGCGUGAUCCAAUUAUGCUGAAAUUCUGCGGUGGUGGCCAAGCCGUGCCGGCAGCUGUCUCCAGUGGACCAGAGUUAUUAGUGGAGUUUACCACUUCACCCUAUGGCACAUUUACGGGGAGUUCAUCACAAGUCUUGCCACUUUAUGGCUUUCAAUUGGAGGUUGAAGUUAUUUUUGUCGAUGUGCAGUCACCCACCUAUUCGAAAAACAAAAAACCCUGUGAAUUCUGGAUAAGAGGUGCCGGCAGAGGCGUUCUAGAAAAUCCCAAACAUUCGCUGGCGCCCAACACCACUUGCCUGUAUCAUCUACAGGGUGUUGGUAUUUUCAAGACAUUCGAUCAUUUAAGCCUCUCCAGACGUACCAAUGCCCAGGGCGCCCAUGCUCCACCAUCACGUUUCAAGGUAUGGAUUUCAAUGUUGAAAUUCAAUUUGGAUCCGGAAUUUGGACAAAUCGAUGAGACGUCGGUUGGUGCCAUUGGCGUUCUACAGACGCAGGAGGAUUGUAGCGGCAUGUUGCGUAUUUGGGAUGGUUCGAUGAGAGAACCACCGGUGUGCAAAGAUUUAAAUUGCAUAACCGAAACCAAUUUGGUCCAUCCCUCGCUGCAGCAAUACUCCCACAAUACCACAAAUGUUAUUGCCCGUUAUUGUCGUGGCACCGUACCCCGGACGUGUGAUCGUGCCAACAUCAAUGAAACCUAUGCUCGCCCCUGUACUGUCUCAGAGAGUUAUGUUUCCAGUGGUGAUUCAAUUACCCUGGAAUUGAAGAACACCGAAGCGACUGUUCUAAGACCCCUGGAAUUUAAACUAAAAUACGAAUUCAUAGAUCUCCAUCAGGAUGGCCUGCCGAUGGGCGGUGGUGAGCUGGAUUGCAAUCGUAAAUUUGUCAGCAGCUUAAUGGACCGCAAGGAUCCGGCCAUUUUUCGCAGUGUACGUAAUAUAUUUCUGUUUGGACGUGGCGGCACACGCAAUCUCAAGUGCAUUUACAAAUUUGAGGGGAUGCGCGGUGAGAGGGUUCGCAUUAAAUUACGCAAAGUGACCACAAUGAAUCGUCAGUGUAUGUCACGUGUGGAUGAAGACAUAAAUAGGUCAUUCUGUUAUGGUGAUACCAGUGUUAAAGUGGAGAUAUUCGAGAGGCCAUAUCAUGACACAAUUUUAUUACCUCGCGGUUGCCUUUGUAACUCAUCCAAUUCCUCGCAUCUGCCGGUGGAAUAUACAUCGACCAGCCGUGAUGUGGAAGUCCAUUUCACAGCCUACAACAUGUCCACUCUCGAUGAUCCGGAUGCUUUAAAUUUCGAGGGUAUGUUUGAGUUUGUAAAAGGACCCACCAAUUGCAAGGAUGGUCGUCGCAAAUUCGGUCCCAGCGGCACAAUUGAUAUGACAUUCGGUGAUAUGGAGUGUCGCACCCGGCCAUGGCUUAUUGAACCAUCGAAUGGUAAUAAAUUUCUUUAUGUGCGACUGAAGGCGAUAUUUUUGCGCAAAUAUAAUCCGAAGAGAGCAGCGAACACAAGUCUGUUGGUCACAAGUUCGUAUCGAUGUGAGACGAAUUCAAGAGUUGUCCUGACAACGUCAGAAGGUUUGGCCAUUACCGCCUGCCCCCUGUCACCCGACUCCAAGGCCUACGAAUUUGUGGAAAUAUUCAGUGCAGGCUGGAAUGAACGUCCCAAUUUUGCCAUUGCAAAUCGUUCGAAAGCCAUCAGUGUAGAGUUCCUAAGACCAGAGAAUGGUGAUUUUUCAUUUAAUUGGAUGGAAUUGAUACCUGGACCAACGUUAAGCAUUGCAGAAGAAUGCCAAUACAAGUGCAGUGAACUGAAUGCCUGUGUGAAUGCCAGUGUCUGGUGUGAUGGCAUCCAACAUUGUCCUUCGGGUGACGACGAAACAUUCCUUCAGUGUUCGGCCAUUAUGAAGCUACCCACAGAAAUAUUGGCCACAUUGUGUCUGAUUAUUGUGCUCUUCUGUUGUGCAUUCGCAGCGUUUGCCUACAAAAAAAUCAAAAGAAAAUUCCGAGGAUCUUCGGUAUUGCAGACACGACUCAAAUCGCUCAGUUCCAUGGAUACGGCUGUUCUGGAUGAAAAGGAGGUGAUUUGCUGACAAAGCGACAAUUCUGUGCGAUAUGUGGAAAUAGAUCGGGUCACUACAGUCUGACCACAUUCUAUGGCCGCUUUAAUCACAAAUAUCGCACAGAAUUGUGUCCCUAUUUUCAGUAGACUGUUAUAAAUCGGAAUCAAGCAAACAACCAACAACAACUAUGACUAUAUACUUACAUUUAAACUAAAUUGUAAAACUAAAUUAAAAAAAAAUCCGAAACAACAAUAAGUAAUUGAUAUGUUAAUGUGAGUGAUGAUGACGAUGAAGUCACACGGAAUGAAAAAAAGAAAACCAACUCUAAUUUCGAAGCAUGUACUCUAUUCUCGAACACUUGUUUUUAAGGCAAAUUUUUAGGAACUAAAUUUAAGUUUUCCAAAAAAAAAAUAAAAACAAAAUAAGUAAAACAACUGACAUAUGUUGACAACGUUGAAAAUAUUCAAUAACCAAUAGAUCUUCUGCCGAAGAUACACUUUGUUAAAACUCACACACACACACAUAUUUUCUACGGUCAACAAAUUUCAUACAUAUUAAUUUUGUGAAUAGUUAAGAAGUAAAACAAAAACAUUAAAUUACUCCUUCUAAAGGUUUUUAAUUAGUAUUACCAGAGAACAAGAAAAGAAGAAGAAAAACUAUAACCAAAAAAAACAAUCCUUGAAUUAACGGAACCUAAGGUAAUGAAAAACUCAAAUACAGAGAGAAAACUCCAAUAGCAACAAAUGCUAUUGGCUGCAAAAAAUAAAUAAGAUUUGUCUCAAAAUCGAACAAAAUCAGAAAUGAAAUGGACUGAUGUAUUUAAUCUAGUUACAUACAUGCAUAUGUACGAAUUUGCAAAUAUUACGCAAACUUACGCGAGCAUGGCACAAUUUAAGAUAAGAACUAUACCCAUGGUAGAAUUAAGAUGGUAUAAUCAUGCAAUCAUAUGUUUUCAAUUUUUUUUUCAAAAUUACUCAUUUGACAAUAUUUCACAUGUAAAAAAGCUGUAUAUCCUCCACCAUUUGAAAAGAAUUUGGAAAUUUUCAAACAAAUAAAAUCCGUUAAAAUUCUGUUAAAAUCUUAAAAAAAUCUCUUAAAAUGCCAAAUGUGGCCGUCAUAUUAGUGUCUAAACGACGACGUAGACCUACAUAGGCAACUAUUGUCCUAAGACAUUACAAUAUUCAUAUGCGAAAUUUGAAAAAAAAAUCGGUGAAUAAUGUACCUAAAAUCAUCAAUAUAGGGAGGUACUAUUAUAUGGUACUAUCACAUACAAUUUUCUGCCUUAGGCUGUAGUAUCCAUUACGAACUCCAAAUAUCAAAUUUGAAACAAUUACGGUGAAAAAUGUCGCUAAAAUCAUUAAAAUCUCGAAUAUCGGGAGGUACCAUUAUAUGGGGGCUAUACGAAGACGUGGAUCUGCACAAACAAUUUUCUGUCAAAGGCUGUAGUAUUAAUUACGAAAUUCAAAUACCAAAUUUGAAACAAUUCCGGUGAAUAAUGUCGCUAACAUCAUCAAAAUACCGAAUAUCGGGAGGUACGAUUAUUUGGGGGCUAUACAAAGACGUGGAUCUGCACAGACAAUUUUCUGCCUUAGGCUGCGGUAUCCAUUACAACAAUUUUCUGUCUUAGACUGCAGUAUCUAUUACCAACUUCAAAUACCAAAUUUGAAACAAUUCCGGUGAAAAAUGUCGCUAAACUCAUUGAAAUAUCGAAUAUAGGGAGGUACAAUUAUAUGGUGGCUAUACGAAUAGGUGGAUCUGCGCAGACAAUUUUCUGCCUUAGGCUGUAGUAUACAUUACGAACUUCAAAUAACAAAAUCUGAAACAAUUCCAGUGAAUGAGGUCGCUAAAAUCAACAAAAUACCGAAUAUCGGGAGGUACCGUUAUAUGGGGGCUAUACCAAAACGUGGACCUACAUCACCCAUUUUCAAUACCUAAAGUCCUUCAGACAUAAUACACAUUUAAGUAAAGUUUUGUCAACGUACUUCAGUUCGUUCCGAAUCUAGAGUGAUUUCCACAGAAUGAAAGCAAAAAAUGUCGGAAAUAGCAUCAAAUUUUAGAAUAAGUUUAGAUUUGUUCGAAUUGGUCACCUUUGGCACGAAUAAUGGCCUUCAAACUGCCAAUGAAACCGUCACACCCGAAUGUUGCUCUGAGGUAUUUUGGCCCAUUCCCGGCGAAGGGCUUGCUUGAUUUUUUUAGUGCCAACCUUGCUUUCCAAAAUACUCCAGACACAAUAGUCCAACGGAUUGAAGAUUUUGGUGGAACCUCAUUUUUUAAUCAUUCUUGGGUGGCGCGUGCUGAGUGCGAUGGUUGUGAGUCCUGUUGGAAUGUCCAUGGCCCUCCAGAAUAUUUUCGCUAUAAUAUUCGACAUUUAUUGGUUGGUUGGUUAAUACAAGCGGAGAGCGACCAUCGGCUGUUAUGGCGGCCCACACCUUCACCAUGGCCGACGCUUGAGUUCUGAUGGCCAACCGAAGCUGCACAUUUUCAGCUGACCUCUUUGGCAAGUAAACACGAUAAUUUUGUUUGUUUACAAACUGCUGGACAACGAACGUUUUCUUAUCGGAAAAACCACAUUCGGGAGUUCACCACUUUCGGCCCAGCGAAGCAACUCUUUAGCAUUUUUGAGUCUAUUUUCUUUUUGUAUCGGCGUAAGUUCUUGCACUUUUUGGAAUUUCAAUGGCUUUACCCCGAGCUCAGUUUUCAAUAUUUGCUGAAUCUGCAUGUUCAGCUCACCAGCAAUUUUUGGGCUACUGCAAUACGGGUUUCGAUCAAGUCGCUUCUUUACUUUUCGAACCAUUUCUGCUGAUGCUGUCGUUUUCUUCCGUCCACUUCCUUGACGUCGUGCUACGCUACCAAUAUCACAAUAACGAGCGAUGGUACGAGACACUAAAGAUUAAUUCGGAGGUCAAAUUACCGAAUAUCGGGAGGUACCGUUAUGUGGAGGCUAUAAAAAAUCGUGGACCUAUACAUACAAUGUUUCGCAACCGGAGUUAGAACACAUUUCGAAAUACAAAUACCAAUUUUUAGACAAAUCCGUGAAAAAAUGUGGCAAAAAUCAUCAAUAUACCGAAUAUCGGGAGGUACCGUUAUAUGGGGACUAUACAAAAUCGUGGACCUAUACAUGAAAUGGAGCUAAAACCCAUUAUGGCCUACAAAUACAAAUUUUUAGACAAAUCUGUGGAAAAAUUUGGCAAAAAUCAUCGAAAUACCGAAUAUCGAAAGGUUUCGUUAUAUUGCGGCUAUUCCAAAACGUGGACCGAUGUAUCUCAUUUUCAAUGCCCAACCAUCCUAGAAACGAUUCAAAUUGUUUGGCCAAUUUGUUAAGAAAAAAAUAAUUUAUUGCGCAGAAAGAGAAAGGAUUAUUCGAUUUUUUGCAAUCUUUGCAAAUCCCAAUAUUUUUAUCAGGGCAAUAUAGGCCCACUCCAUCGAGUAUCUCGCCAAAAAAUAGAGUCUGAUUGCCUUCGAUAUUCCUAUAUACCGAAGAAUAUAUCGGACCACUCCUUCUGGUACCUACCACACAAGGGGUCAAAAUAUUUAAUAACCAUGAAGCUCAUAAAACGCGAAAUGAACAACCAAUUCAUUUCAAACUCGGCACACCCCAAUAUUUUCAUCAACACAAGAUCUAAUGUGAAGAUGAUAGAUAUCGGCCCACUCACAAAAAGUAUUGCUUUAACUCUAAAAUUCGGUUUUAAUAUUUUUUUGAAUUCCUGGUGUUUAGGUAAAACUUGAACUUGGACUUGAUGUAUAUUGGGACCCAUAGUAGAAUUUUAUGGCAAAUAAUUUUGUUGAAUAUUUGCUACGAUUGCGUUAAAAGGGAGUUUUAAAGCAUAAUUUUAAAAAAGAACCUAAAAGACCCCUUUGUUGACUCGAUUGCGGUUUAAAAUUUUCCACCAAAAUUAUCCUUGUAUUGUUAUCUGCAACAUUGCCGAAUACCUAAAUAUCAGUACCUAAAAUCAAUGGACUCCGAUAGGUCUUAGUGUGAGUAUUUCAAAAAAUAAGGAGGAGAGGGAAAAAUGGCCCGAAUAUUUAGGUUAGUUAGCCAUGUAAACUUUCAAAACACUAAUACACGUGGGUUCAAUUUUCAGCUGGAUUUUCCCAGUACUUUUUAUCUUGCACCGUGUUAUAUUUGCAAAUUCGUACAAUCGUCAAGUCUAGCUAUAGGAGUAUCUGUAAAAUGUAUCUUCAAUUUAAAACUAAAUACUUAAAUAUAUAAAUUUACUACUAGUCUCAUUUGGUUUUUUUUUUUUUUUUUCAACGAUUUAUUUUCUAGAUUAUCCUUUUUCCAGAGCAUUUAUUAUGCGACGCACAACAUUUUGAAGAGAAAAGAAAAAAAAUCAAGAUGCCUAGUUAUAAGAAUUAUAAAAACAAAAAAAAAGUAGAUUAAAAAAUAGAAUGGAAUACAUUGAUGUGAUGCGGUGUGCGGGGCAAACAUUGUGGUGGAUCUAUAAGUAAUUAAAUCAUUAAAUCAUAGUUUUAUAAACAAUUAUGUAUAACUAAUUAUUUUAAUUAGAGAUGUUUCAAAACAAAUUUUAAAUUGAAUUUUUCUUCCUUUGGAAAAUCAGUUGAACAAGGCUCAAUACAUGGUUGGAUGGAUAGUUAAAUGUUAAAUUUAUUUGGUUAAAAAAAAAAGAAAUAGAUAUCCAAUUGAAAUUUAAAGAAAGGUUGAUUGUGAGUUUACAGCUUUCAAUUCAGUUCUGCUAUUUUACUUCAACAACAUAAAAAAUAACUACGGAUCCGAAAUAAUCCAGCAGAUUACUAAAAAGUAGAGCUAAACAAAUAAAAAAACUGUAAAUUCGGCCGGGCCGAACUUUGAAUACCCUCCACCAUUUGUAGCGAAUUUGGCUAUUUUCAAAACCUUAAAAUCCAUUAAAAAUUCUGUUGAAAUUUUAAAAAUACCAAAUGUUGCUGUUACGUUAGGGUCUAUACGACGACAUGGACCUGUUAUUUGUCAUAAGCCAUUAUAUUAUUCAAAUGCGAAACUUGAAAAAAAAUUCGCUGAAUAAUGCAGCUAAAAUCAUCAAAAUACCGAAUAUCGGGAGGAGCCGUUACAUGGGGACUAUACGAAGGCGUGGACCUGCACAGACAAUUUUCUGUCAUAGGCUGUAGUAUUCAUUACGAAAUUUAAAUACCAAAUUUCAAACCAUUCCGGUAAAUAACUUCGCUAAAAUCAUCAAAAUACCGAAUAUCGGGAGGUGCCGUUACAUGGGGACUAUACGAAAACGUGGACCUGCACAGAGAAUUUUUUGUCUUAGACUGUAAUAUCCAUUACAGACUUCAAAUACCAAAUUUGAAACAAUUCCGGUGAAUAAUGUCGCUAAAAUCAUAAAAAUUCCGAAUAUCGGGAGGUUCCGUUAUAUGGGAGCUAUACGAAGACGUGAACCUGCACAGACAAUUUUCUGUCUUAGGCUGUAAUAUCCAUUACGAACUUCAAAUACCAAAUUUGAAACAUUUCCGGCGAAUAAUGCCACUAAAAUCAUCAAAACACUAAAUAUCGGGAGGUGCCGUUAUAUGGAGGUUAUACGAAGGCGUGGACUUGCACAGACAAUUUUCUGCCAUAGGCUGUAGUAUCUAUUACGAACUUCAAAUAGCAAAUUUGAAACAUUACCGAUGAAUAAUAUCGCUUAAAUCGCCAAAAUACCGAAAAAAGGGAGGUUCCUUUAUAUGGGGGCUAUACGAAAACGUGGACCUACAUGGCCCAUUUUCAAUACCAAAAGUCAUGCGGACAUAAUAUAGAUUUGAAUAAAAUUUUAUCAACCUACCUCUAUUCGUUCGGAAGCUAGAGUGAUUUCCACAGACGGAUAGACGGGCAGACGCACAGACGGACGGACAUCGCGCAAAAGACAUAGAAUUUUAUGCUGGUCAAGAAUAUAUAUAAAAAAUUAUAUUUCGAGGUGUUACAAACCGAACGAUAAACAUAAUAUACCCUCCAUAAUAUUAUGGGUCAAAGUUUUGAAUAACUAAAACGAUCAUAAAAACCGAAAUAAACAUUCACUUCUCUUCAAAUUACUCACAUCACAAUAUUUUUUUAAAUCCAAUGUCUGGUAUGUUGUUCUGAUUUCGAACGAAAUUGAAUAUAAAUGUUCGAUUUCCUUAAAAUUUUGCCCAUACCAAUAUUUUUAUCUGUAUUAGACGAAGUGUGAAAAUUGAAUACUUCUGUUCGCUAAAUCGGUUACCUCACGCAUAUUUCCAUAUUUUCCCAAAAUUUGCAGUAUUCGGUAUAGUCCAAACCAGGCAAGUUGUAAUAUUUAUGUCCGUCUUAAGUCAGAUACGUUUUAGGUCAGAUAUUGGCCAAAGGAUGUACUUUCAUGAUCUGCUGGGUUUUUUCCCGUAAUUAUUUUUUGUGUUGCACAGUGUUAUAUAAAAAAGUUUUGUAUCUGAAAUAUCAUUAAAAGAUUUGAAUUUUUCCUUGAAAAAUUGUCACCAGACGGCGAAAUAAAUAUCUGCUGGUAAGACCUAGAAAAAAGAAGAUUUUAACCCAUACUUACAUUUCUGUUACUGCAAGGACUAUGUAAGUUCUAUAACAUCCAAACCUUUCAAAUCUAGCAAAUUUCAAUUGGAUUAAAUUAUUGUGGAAAUAAAAACUGUUAAAUCAAAUUUAAAUUAUUUAAAUAUUUUUCUGAGUUUCAUUUAUGCAACUUUAAUCAAAAUCUCUUGUUACACCUAAAAAUCUAGAAAAUAUUUGUUUUAAACAAAGAAAAAUAAAAUCCAAAAUUGAAAAUAGUUUUUAAUUUAGAACAAGGAAAACAUUAUCAAUGCAUUUGUUAAAUUUUAAGUGGAAAAGAAAACUAAAUUUAAAUGUUAUAAUUUUUAAUGUUAAUCAAAUAUUAAAUAACAAAUAAGUUUUACAAAGAAAAAGCCCACCCUAUAUUCUUUUUUUGAAAAAAAAAAUAUUGCGUUUUAAAAGAAAUGAAAAAAGAAAACCAAAACAAAAACAAAAAGCAACAAAACAUGUUAGUGAAACAGAAAUCAUUAAAACACUGCCCUCAUAAUACUACCAAAAAAAAUAUAAUUUCAAAUUUUUUUAACUCUUAAAAAAACAUUAUUAAAUUUUAGUCAAUUUUAAUGCUUUUUCGGUUUCAAAAUCAAAAUAAAUUUUAGUUAAAUUUUAAUAAUUUCUUAUUUUUAGAAAUCAAAACUAAGCAAAACAUACAAAAUUAAUAUAAAUGUGUAUAUCAUCUCUAUAUUUCCAAAUCAAAUACACUGACAAUAAGAAAACAGAGAACUACAAAUAUUUUUUGUUAUAAUUUUAGCAAAAAAACAAAAGAAAAAAACAUAAACUAAGCAAAAAAGAAAAACAAGGAAAAGAAGAGAACUAAGGCGAAAUUUAUUUUUGAAUUGCUAAAUUUAACUGAAAUGUGAAUGGUAACUGUAUUUUAUGUAUUCUAAUUAAACUAUAAACGCUCAAUAUAAGCAAUAGAUUAAAUUAUUUAAUUCUUAUUAUACAAGAUAAAUAUACUAUAUAUAUAAAAAUACAUAUAUAUGCAUAUUUACUAAUAAGUUAAUUAAAAAUCGUCAACAACAACAACAAUGCGAAGGUAAUAGAAAAAUUAAAAAUCAUCUACGUUUGGCUAUACAACAACACUAUGUAACAAAGCCUUGGUUAUAUAAUUGUACCCUCAGCCAUAUGGGUAGAGAGGCUAUAUAUCAAAUCCGUUUCAGGACAUUUGGAGUCGAUUUAGCGAUGUUCGUCCGUCUGUCUGUCGAAGGGAGUAUACAAUUUAAUCCAAACUCGAUACAUCGUAAUAAUUUUAUCAAAAAUUUAGAUCGAGUUCGGAGAUGGUAGCUCCCCCAGAAAAGGUCGACAUUUUCAAAAAAAUAUUUUCUAGGAUAAUCCGAUUUUUCUCCAACUUUGCAAAUCUUAAUAAGGAUGAGAUAACAAAAAAAAACUGCAACAAAGUCAAACGCCAUAAUUUUUACUUUUUUUCUUUUUUUGAAUUUUAUUGAAUUAAAGCAAAAAAUUUGGGAUAUAGCAUCAAAUUUUGGAAUAUGUUUAGAUUUCUUCGAAUCGGUCACCUUUGGCACGAAUUAUGGCCUUCAAACGACCAAUGAAACCGUCACAUGCUGCCCGUAUGUUGCUCUGCGGUAUUUUGGGCCAUUCUCGGCUUGAGGUGUUCGACACUUUGGUAUUUCUUUAGUGCCAGCCUUGCUUUCCAAAAUACUCCAGUGACACAAUAGUCCAACGGAUUGGUAUCUGGAGAUUUUUGUGGCCAUUGUGCGCUGGAAAUGAAGCGAGGGACCUCAUUUUGUAAGCAUCAGGUCCUCAUUAUAUUUCACGCAUUCCAUUAUUUCUACUAACACAAGAUCGGACCACUUCUUUUGGUACCUCCCCCUCAUAAAACGCGAAAUUAACAUCCAAUUCCAUUCAGACUUGAUGCAUCUAAAUAUUUAUUUCAACACAAAAUCUGUUAUAAAUAUGGUAGAGAUCGGACCAUUCCUUCGGGUACCUCCCCCACAAAGGGUCAAAUUUUUAAAUAACCAAAACGAUACGAAGUUAUCAUCCGAUUCUCUUCAAAUUUUACACAUCCUAAUAUUUCUAUAAAAAAAAAUACUCCGAUGUGAAGAUGGGAUGUAUCACCCCACAGGUACCUCCCCUACAAUAGGUCCAAAAUUUUGAAGAACUAUGAAGCUCAUACAACGGGAUGUUAACUUCCGAUUCCACUCAGAUUUCCAAUAUCUCAAUAUUUCCUUCAACACAAGAUAUGUUAUAAAGAUGGUGGAGAGCAUUCCUUCGGGUACCUGCCACAUAAAGGGUCAAAGUUUUGAAUAACAAAAACGAUCAUAAAGUCCGAAACUAACAUACGAUUCUCUUCAUAUUCCACACAUCCCACUAAAAAAAUUGAAUAAUUAUAACUCUUAAAAAAUGGGAUGUAGGAGUCCGAUUGUACCACUCUUUCUGUUAUAUUUUUUUAGGACCGAUACGAAAUGAGCCAAUUCUUUCGGAACCUACUCCAUUAAAUUUAAAUAAUUGAAUGUUAGCUGAGGAUAUAAAUCUGUCGGAAAAACAGACUGAUACUUUUAAACUUGCUGUAAUGGAUUUUAAUCGAUAAUCAGUUCGAUCUCAUCGGACACCAUCCUUUAAGAAAUAGUACUUCCAUGAGAAGUUUCCCCACUAGGGAGGCAAUUAUUAUUCCAGCUGUGUUCUUCAUUUUUCCCUGUACUGUCCUGAGGUGAUUCCUUAUUAGGAAAACAUUAAUUUUGCAAUUGCGAUCUUUAUAUUUUCUCUUUUCUCCCUCACUGCGAUAACCAAAAACGGACGAUUCAUUUGGACAAUUUUUUUUUAGAAUUUUGGCCACUAAAAACUUUAAACUAUUAUAUUUUAUAUAAAUCGUUACAUAGUGUUAUACUAAUUAAUGAAAAAUUUAUUUUGAUGUUUGGCCAAUUUAAACAAACAAAAAAAUAAUGAAUAAAAAAACAACCUUACAAAACAAGAAACUACAUCAAUUGGAUUUUUACAAAAUUAAUUAAAAAUUGAAGAAUCAAAUGAAUUUAAAUUUCUAGGAAACCGAAAACUAAUUGUUCGUUUAGACAUACAUAAUACAACAUUCAUCAUUUCAUUUUAAAUUCGAACUAAAACUAAACAAAUCAAAACAUUAAAAUUGUUCAUAAAAAAAACGAUGAAACUAAAAGGAAACAAAUUAAAAAGGCAAAAAAUAAAAUUAUAGAAUAACUUAUUUUGACGUACGUUAACAUUUAGCGUCGUUUUUAUAUGAAAUUACAAAACUAAGUAAAAAAAAUAUUAAACAAAAAAGAAAUUAAAAAUUUUCAUAAAAAAACAUGACAAAAAUACAAAAACAAAAAAAAGUUAUCCCUUUUUAAACUG